UAUUUUUCUAUUUAGUUUUUGCCGCCCGCCGUGGGGCAAAGCACGCAAUUGCGCAUGCGCAAAACGCUGACAGGAGUUGCCCCUAGCAACGCACACACGAUCACUAAAAUUGUUUUAUUCGCGUUAACAAUGCUUAAAAAAUAUACACACAACGCUGAGGUUCAUUCUUCACAGUCUAAUGUCCUCCACAACCAACCCCAAUGCGUGCAGUUACUGAUAUAAAGUCCGUAGAUAUUAAUAUUAUAGCGCUUACUUAGCAUUAUUGCAGCACGGGUGGGGAGAAGCGGCCCAGCCUCCGGCCUGGCAAUGUGUUACCUCCUCCGGCUGGGUAAUCUAGGCGAGGCCGCGGGCUCUGCACGGGACUAGGCCUCUCCACGGCAAUCCGUGUUUUUAUGACGCUGCGACGGUGUACUGCCAGUCUGUGCUGUGGCCUGCUGGGGACAUCCUCCACGGAUCUCAAUGUCAACUUUUCUGAUGUCAUCUUCAACCAGACGCUCAUCCUUGAGGACAAACUGCACUCCAUUGGUGGAAAAGACCUCACGUCUAUGGGACUACCAACACCCUACAGGGACAACCUUCAUGCCCUUGCUCAAGAGAUCCUACGUGAAAUAGGCCAUCAUGCUUUACAGCUUCGUAAAUUUAUUUAGGAAAAUUAACCAAAGCUAAUGGGUGCACAACUAGAAGCCUACACGAAAAUCUUGGAACACAUUGAGACUACAAAUCGAGUCUUUUUUUUGUCCUCGAUGCACCUGCCAGUACUGGGAAGACUUUUUGUUUUCAAACUGCUCCUCGCUAAGGCUCGCCAGAGAGAAGAUUGCUCUAGCUGUGGCAUCAUCGGGGAUUGCUGUUCAUGUCAAGCCAGACCAGUGCUGUGGGAGCCCUGCUGCCCGGUGGUCAGUUCAAGCUCACGCUGUGGGAGCAGGAGAACUUCCAGGGCAAGCGAUGCGAGCUCACGACCGAGUGCCCCGGGGUGACUGAUCGUUCCAUCGAGCACGUGCGCUCCAUCAAGGUGGAGUGCGGAGCAUGGGUGGGAUUCGAGCACCCGGAGUUCCAGGGCCAGCAGUUCGUGCUGGAGAAGGGCGACUACCCCAUGUGGCAGUCGUGGAGUGGUAGCUGCGCUUACCGCACGGAUCGCAUCCAGUCAUUCCGUCCCAUCAAGUCCGCGGCCCACGGGGAGAGCAAGGUGGUCCUGUUUGAGGGAGAGAACCUGCAGGGCCGAAAGACGGAGCUCUGUGACGACUGCCCUUCGAUGCAGGCAAUGGGCUGGAGCGCGCGGGAGAUCCAAUCCGUCAAGGUCAACAGUGGCGCAUGGGUUGCGUACCAGUACCCGGGAUACCGCGGAUACCAGUUCGUGUUGGAGCGCGACCGCCACAGUGGGGAAUACAAGAGCUACAGCGAGUUCGGCAGCCAAGCGCACUCUGGCAACAUCCAGUCCAUCCGCCGCAUUCAGCACUGAGUCGAACUGGACAGCCCCGCCAGUCGCACUCACCCCAUGCGCCCUCUACCUACACCUGCCCGCAUGGGGUGGAUGGUGAUCUUCCCGAGUUCAAGGCACCCUGCUGAUACACCUGCCAGGGUUUGUGGGUGAUCACCUCCCUGAGUCCUGCCUGCCUGCUAUUACUGCGUGCAGUGCUGUGUACUUGGAGCGAAACAUUAGAACGAUCAAGAGCAACGUUUUUCAGACACGCAAAAGCUGGUGGGUAGUAGUUGGCUUACAUAUGGCGACUUAAAGCAUGCGGUCACGCGAGUUCAGUUCAGCCCCCUUAAUUUAAUUUGGGCCAGAGCCUACAGAGGCGCAGUUAUCUUUUGCGAGAUCUGGAAUAAAGAGCAAACGAGGCUGAGACAGCCUACAGGUCGACUUCUCAUCCGCAAAUGAUUUGCAUUCCGCACAAUACGAGAGAAAACAAAAAAAGCAUUCUCUCCAUGGACUAGAACUAUCAAUAUCUACACCUUCAUUAUCGGGAGCACACCGGCAUCGCCAAAUACCUGCCGAUCUCCUACGUGGAGGUAUCUUGAACGUCAAAUCAGAUUCACUUGAGACACCGAACGUACAUAAUUAUGGUGUAAUUGCCACAUUAGUUUGAAUCUCAGUUGCAUCUCUCGUACACAAAUAACACAACAGAACACUCCACGUAGCAUGGAUGGAAUGUCUAACGCCAUCACACGUAACGUGCUUAUUGACUGUUACGUGGUUUGCGCAUUUGUCCCUUGGGAUGAUGAAUGUCAAGAUAUUAUUGCGUUCAUGAAGUUCAGGCGUUUUACCUCCCUGCAGAACAUCACUCGCUGUGCGGAUGGAAUCUCAUUAUCUUAAACUUGAACGAUCAAAAGCACCCACCCCCCAAUGCACGUCAAAGCUUAAGAGCACAGCGAACCUUAUUUAUAAACACUCCUGGUGCAAAUGCAGAAAUGCAAUGAAUAGCGGCAAAUUUUUGCACGGCUCCAAUUAAGCAAAUAUAACGCUUCAACGUAAUUGGUAGUGGGCGAUAAUACGAACUGCUGUGUCAAGACACUAAAGACGUGCAAGAAAUCCCGUCAGUGUUGCAUGUCACGCGUUAGUACCAUGCUUGAGUGCUGCUUGCAAUAUAUUUCUGUUAUAACACGUGAUGCUUAAUAAAGUUUUAUCAACUCA